AGCGGCCGCGCUGGCUGGCUGGCUGGAUUCAUUUAGUCGAGUAAUCAGCCUACAUUCAUGCGAGGUGGAGAAGCUGUGCAAGUUGAUUCGUACCGUGCACGGUGCAUCUACCCUAACCCUAAACCCUAACCUAACCUAACCUAACCUAACCUAACCUUAACCCUAACCCUAACCUAACCUAACCCUACCCUACCCUAACCCUAACCCUAACCCUAACCUAACCUAACCUAACCUAACCCUAACCCCAACCCCAACCCUAACCCUAACCCUAACCUAUCCCUAACCCUAACCUAACCUACCCUAACCCUAACCCUAACCCUAGCCUAACUUAACCUAACCUAACCCUAACCUAACCCUAACCCUAUCCUAACCUAAACUAAUCUAACCUAACCCUAACCCUAAUCUAACCUAACCUGCAUUACCCUACCCUAACCCUAACCUAAGCUGACCUAACCUAACCUAACCUGACCUAACCUAACCUGACCUAACGUAACCUAACCCUAACCCUAACCUGAACGCUCUGUGGUUGUGUACCCACCAAAGAGUGCCAGGGUGGAGCACGCCUGCACACCCACAAUCUCCCCAGCCUGCCCUUCUGUACUCUUUACUGUGUGCUAUCCAAUGGAUCCGACCAUGACCGACUCCUUUGGGAAAAUGGAUAUUCUGGAGGAUAUGUUGCAGGAAGAUUUAGCCCUCGAUACCGACCAUCUCCGGUUGUCGCAUUCUUCUCAACGGGCCAAGGAUCGAAGGAGGGGUUCGGUGAAGGGAUCAGCACAUGUUGAAGAAGCCGGUGGAGUAGGAGGAGAGGGAGGAGUAGGAGGAGAGGGAAGCGUAAGAGGAGAGGGAGGAUUAGGAGGAGACGGAGGAGAAAUGCAGAGAAGCGUUUGGGAGCAUGUCCAAGGAGAUGUCAGUGGUGGGGAGGGGGCUGGAGCGGAGCGCAGAGAUGAAGAGCUCUCCGGCGGCGGACCAGAUGAUACGAAAUUAACACCGAGCGGGGACCGUUUGCCGAUCAGUCUGCAGCAGAGGAGUUUGCAGUCUUCAGGGGUCUGUCCACUGAGCAGCAUCGCAAGCCAAGGCUCGGCCACGGGGAGAGGAGGGAGAGAGGUGUCUGAAGUCCGAUGCAGGAAAUGCCGUACUGUCGUGGCGGCACGAGAACAUGUCCAGAUGCACGAGCCAGGAGGUGGAGCACUGGCGUUUGCCGCUGAGUGGCAGAGGAAGGCGGCAGCGGCAGUGCCGCCAUCUCAGCCUGCGGAGACCGAGUCCCGCUUCCCACCAUCGUCAUCAGGAGGAGGUGGUGGAGAUGGUGGUGGUGGGUUGUCGUCUCUUGCCACUACCACUUUGUCGCCGCCUUCGGUGGCAACCUGGAUGCAGUCGGGAUGCGCGUCGGUGUUCGUCGAGGUGCAGGAUUGGAUGAAGGGAGUGAUGGAUGGAGAGAGAACGGGCAAGUUGACCUGCAGCAAGUGCUCUGCCAGACUCGGCCGGUUUGAUUGGGCGGGAAUACAGUGUAAUUGUGGAACGUGGGUGACUCCCGCGUUCCAGCUUCACAAAAGCCGGGUUGAUGUCCAUCACUGAACGCGUUUUUUUUUUUUUUUUUUUGCGCUGUUUGACUUCGUUGUCUUCAUUUUCUUUUCUAGUUUCUAAUCCCCCAUGGGAACUGUUGUAAUAAUUUUCGAAUGUGAGCGCUAUAUAGCGUCGUCUGAACUUCUCGGAAGUUCUUGAUGCUUACAUCUUAACAUGAUGGAAGCUGGGUUUGAUUCUCGUCCCACCUUGCUCCAGUCUAUAAUGUGUGUGUGUGUGUGUGUGUGUGUGUGUGUGUGUGUAGAGUGUCUCUGGGCAAUCUCAGCAAUUCCUAGAAAUGGCUCUCAUUCAAUUGAUAUAUAUCAUCCACGUGGCUGGCCUUGUGCGUAAGAGGUGAUGAACAGGUGGGGCUUUCCUUCCUUGCUUCUUUUCCUUUCCGUGUUUUGCAGUUUUUCGCCUUCGCGCCCUGAUUCACAGUGUGACAAUAUAUAUGGUUAGGCAGAGUUGUACGACUGUGGUCAUUGUUUUCUUGUUUUUCGGAAAUUUCAUCUUGAGUGGGGGGAGUUUGAGAACGACAGUUUUUCGUUUUGCAACUUUUUUUUUUUGUGUGUGAAAUUGUGAAUCUUUUUGUUUUAUUUUGUUUCUUUUCUGAAGAGGGAAGAAUGAAUUUGUAAUUUUGAA